UAUAGUAUUCAUAGACUCCCAAAAUAGAUAGAUAUACCGUAUAUAUAUGCAGCAGAGACUUAUCACAGAACCAUUCUAGCUCCGAUUCCUGGCAGACUCCAUUCAAUCUUCAAAGAAAACCCGCCGAGUUCUAGAUCGCGAAGUCUAAAACCCUAGGAAAAGCUUCUGAUUGCACCAGAGCCAGUCGAUUCAAUAACGCUGAUGAUUUUUGCCGCCAGUUAAAGACGUUUGUUUCAAAUAAUCAUCUCUGUGAUUCGUGUGAACCGGUUCCCGUUCUUCAUUUGUUCUCAUCCUUCCACAGGGAUUGAGAAACGAGAGAGUGAAAUGUGAUGAGAGGCUGGAAUAUCAAUUUGCACACUCUAUUGGAUUUUCAUAUCUUGAUCGUGUUAUCAUCUCUCCAGGGGUAGCAUGAACAUUGUCAAAGGUGUUGCUGACCUUUUACGGAAGGGAUCAAGUAGCUAUGGGGGUGACAAUAGGUCGGGGUCAUCACGGUUGAGAUUCUCUCCUCCAUCUCCAAUAAUUCGGUUUAGUGACAUCGGUGAUGAGUCAAUUCUAAAUGCACUUUGGGGAAGAUACGAGAAUGUCACCGACAAGGGGGAAAAGAAGAGGUCAUUUCAAAUUUUCUUGAAGCAAUUCCUAGUUGUAUUUCAAAAUUGGGAGCCGGUUAGUAUUGAGCAAUCUCGAAAUGUUGUUAAUUCUGCAUCUACCACGGAGGUUGCAAAACAAGGCCCUGAUGUUGUACUUGGCUGCACAUUUGGUCAUCCUGCUGAAAUAGUUCUAUGUUUAACUGAAGAUCUUGCACAAAUUACCAGCAUUAUCAAUGAAUACCAGUUAGGAGCUUUGUCUACCAUAACAUCUGAAGGUAUUCCCGUGUUGGAUGCUUUGACUGUUGUGGUCCGUUCAUUGCACAAUUGCCGACUUUUUGGAUACUAUGGUGGGAUCCAAAAGAUUACUGCAUUAAUGAAGGCCACAGUUGUGCAACUCAAGACCAUUGCUAGUGCACUUUCAACAGAUGGAAAUUUGUCAAACGAUGUUGUGGAGAGGACUGCAAUUUUUCAAAAUGUUCUAGUACGUGCUGUCUCUAUAAUAGGCAGCUUUAUUAAUUUGCACUCAAACAUAUAUAAGGCUCAUCUAAACAGCAGUCACUUGGAGUUUUUUGUCUCAAGGGGCAGCAUGGAAACAACUGAACAUUCCACAGAUGUGAAUGGUUCUCUCACUGAAGAAUUGUUGCUGUGGCAUAAAAAGGCAGUUGUGUCGGUAAUGGAAGCAGGUGGCCUUAAUUGGUUAGUAGAUUCACACUCUUCAUGGCGAGCAAGAGAGGACCAAUGUUUGGGAAUUGGUGCGUGUGUGUGUGGGGAGGCUGGUCUUGAAGAUGUUAGCCGUCUGAAGCCUUCUCGUAUUGUAUGCAAAUUGUCCUCCUAUGUUGCUCCCAACCCAAAUUCAUUCCCGUAGGAUCAUGCCACUCCCUAAAGGAAAGAGAUGAAAUCUGCUUUGAGGAAAUCACUUUGUUGAUGGCUACUCACAAGGACCAAGAAUCACUGAAGGCAAAUGAUAAAGUGAUAGUGAAGUUACAAGAGUAUAAGUUAUAACAAUAAGUUAGGAACGAAAAAAGUCUUUGUCUACUUCACAAGCCUAGUGGGAUUGUGGAAGACAAGACGUAUGGGGAAUGCUGUCAUGUUAGGGGUCAUUUUGAGGGACUAGGAGUUAAAAUUUAUGAAAGGGAUUUGUUGAUGCAUUCUAGGUUUAAGGAGGAAUCAAACAACUUUUGAGGGAUGAUACAAUGGUGUCUGCAUGCCAAGUCUGUUCAUGAGCAAAAAGUUCAUCGGCGGCGUCGAUGAAAUCCGGUUCAAUCCCCAAAAGUAUAUUUAAAAUUUCAAGAUCUUGCCAUCACAAUGUGUUGUAAUAACUGUUGCUUCAGCUG